AUGAUCCAGGACUCGGAAAAGUCGGGAGGCAAAAGUCGAGGGCCGGUGCCUUCUGCGAUCAAAGGCGAUUUCAUCCCAGUCUCGCCCAGGAAGCAUCGGUCGCCGUCGCCGCAGAAACACAAGCCCAACAAAUCCGUUCAGAUCAAUCUGAAUUUGACCGAGAACCAGGUAGACCGACUGACAGACGUGAGCGAGUCACCAUCCCGUCGCGGACGAGUCGACAACUUCAGUCGAGCCCGAUCGCCAGCACGUAACAACGACUUCAGUGGUGUUCAACCCGUGUCUCGGGCCCAUAGAAGCAUCGACCGCGAGGGAUCCCCCUCGCAAGCCAACACCGGUCGAAGCAAACAUGAGACGCCCCAUGACAGUGACUCGACGACUUUUUCGGAGCUGAUGCCGGCCUCGAGCCACAAAGCAAAGGGUUCUCUGGUGUCGAGCCUCGCCGAACGUCGCCGACAACACACGCCGACACCUGUCAACGUCAAUGCUCGCCGCCAAUACGCAACUAUCGUGGACAACCCUGAGAGCGUUCCCCAUGUCCCGCAGCCCACAACGCCGGACAACCCAUCUCCCGCAAGCAUCGAUCAGGUAGACUCGUCUUCGGUCUACUCUCAGGGCGAAGGCCAGCCAAGCCCGCUCCACAUCAAAAGGGACGAUAUCCCGCAGCACAUUAAGAACGUGCUGCAGUCUUACAGCGGCUGGAAAGACCCGAACGCUCCGGCGCUGGCUCCUAGCAUGGCCAACCACGGAGGAGGCGCCCAGGGGUAUGGUCCGCACAUGGGCAGGCUGGAAGCCCUCAGACAGCCGGUGAUGGACGCCAGCCAGAUCUACUCUCCCCUCAGGCCCUACUUCGCCUACAAAGAUCUCCCCGUGCAGAAGAUUGCAGGCAAGACCCUGAUCGGAGAACAAGGGUGGCUCGAGCGACCCGACCAGACCCCGGACCGCAAGAAGAAGGACAACUCGCCCAAGAAACCGGGCCUUCUUGACAGCCUCAAGAAGAUUGCCAAGGAAAUGACCGAGGGCAAAGCGUCAGGCCGAAGACCGCGAGACGUGGACAGGGAGGGCAAGGUGCAGAGGGUGACGAUUUCUCUCGAUCCUCGCGAGCAGAGUCUCCUCUACUGCGAGCUCGAGUUCCACAUCAGCAACGCACUGCACACCUACAUCACGAACGAACUGAACCACGGCCGGCUCAACCCGGACAAGCUCAAGAAGAUUGCGGACGGAUGGAACCAAAAGGGCCGCCCGAGAGUCGUGGGCUUCCGAUACGACUUGGAGACACAGCUCGAGCUGGUCCACCUCCACAUUGAUGAGUUCAGGUUCUUUGGUCGCCGUCAGAGCAACCCCUUGGAGAUCGCCGGCCUGCUCCAUGCGAUGAAGAUCAACGCUCGAUCUUUGCGCAUCCGCACCUACUGCCAGCCGGAUUCCGUGAUUGCCAAGCAGCUGGUCGAUUCUCAGUCUCUCUGCAACACCAUUGGGUGCUCCGAGGCCCAGCAGAUUGCCGUUGCCGAGAUAGCGCAGUUUUUCAAGGUUAUUGUGGAGAGAGAGCAGUCCUAUCGGGCAAAGCUUGAGCGCGAGAACACGGCCCAGACGUUGCCGCAUGGCCAAGGCGACCGGCAAUGGGAACCGUCGAGAGACUUGGCCCAAGGCGCGGAUCCCUACGGCGGUCUUCGUCUUAUACCCGAGGGCUACGACGUCAAUGCCGAGACCCUCCAUUAUAACAACUGA